AUGGAUCGCGCCGGACCCGCCCCCUCGCGCGCUGAUUGGCCGCCGCCGCGCUGGCCUCGCCUUAUUAACAAGUUCUCUGGGGAGCCGCGGCCCGACCCGGAGCCGGCUGGUGCGCCCGAGAACUCCGCCUGCGCGGCGGCGCCAGCGGAUAACCAGGCCCGGAGCGCCAGAGCUGGCCUUCUGGGGAGGGGCGGGAGGCGCGCGCGGUAG